GCCUCCAUGUUGUCACUUUGUGCCUUCGAUAUUAGCGGGUAGUCACCAUGGCCCCAACACAAUCCCCAUCCCUCCCUUGCACUGCUAAUAAACCCACCAUAAUCACCAAAACACAUGGCCCCCCACACACUCAUUACUAGCACUACUCUCUAUAACUCGUCUCUCAUUAAACCCAAUUCAAAGUUCAAUUUUUUUAGCACCGAAAUCAUUAGCAGGACUCAAAAGACUCAAACUUUAGCUAUGGCCACAGCCCCAAAUGCUGCCAAGGUGACCCCAGCCGUGAUUGUUGGUGUUGGAAGGGUGGGAAGGGCCUUACAAGAAAUGGGUAGUGGUCAGGAUUUGCUUGUGAAGAGAGGAGAACCGGUGCCGCUUGAUUUUGAGGGUCCCAUUUUGGUUUGUACAAGAAAUGAUGAUCUUGAUGCUGUUCUCGAAGCCACACCCAAGCCUAGAUGGAGCGUGAAUGAUUGGGUGGAUGCUGACAGUCUAGCAGAUUUGGUUUUUUUCCAGAAUGGGAUGCUGGAGCCAUGGUUUCAAAGUAAAGGUCUCGGUGAUGCAGACCAAGUGCUGGCAUAUUUUGCUGUAUCAAAGCUUGGAGAACCUCCUACUGAUGGAAAGACUGAUACCAAUCCUGAAGGACUGACUGCAGCAUAUGGAAAAUGGUCAUCUGCAGUAGCUGCUAGAUUGAAUGCUGGAGGGCUGUCCUGUAAGGUUCUUGACAAGGAAGCUUUUCAGAAGCAAAUCUUAGAGAAGCUGAUCUGGAUCUCAGCAUUCAUGCUUGUUGGAGCUCGUCAUCCAGGGGCAACUGUUGGUGUCGUGGAGAAAGAAUUCCACUAUGAGGUGUCUAGCCUUAUUACAGAACUUGCUUCUGCAGCAGCUGCAGAAAAAGGAAUAGUAUUUGAAGAAGCUAUCGAGGAAAGAUUAUGUGCCUAUGCACGUGCUGUUGCCCACUUCCCGACAGCUGUUAAGGAGAUAAGGAAAUUGCUGAAAUGAAGGCUGCAAAUAAUACGAGGGAAAAGAAACCAACUUUCGGGACCUUACAACCGGUAUUUUGUUACGGGGUUUGAAUCAGCUUUUAGGCUUAAAAGCUGAAAAGGCAAAUCCCACACUCAUUCUUGGAUUGGAGGCUCAUUAGUUGUUUGAGUUAGGUUUUUUACUGAUCUCUUUGAGAUUAUUUAACAAUCUUUACCAUAACAAGGAUCAAUUCAAACAAUAAAAAAUAUUCAUAUGGCUCAAAUGCAGACAAUAAGAGCAAUUUUGCUGAUUUAA